CAUGCAUUCCGUCCUGCAUGCUCGAUGGGCCAGCUAAAUUUAGCUGGAGAAGUUGAAGGCGGCAAGGGAGCGGGUGCAGGGCGAACAGCGUAUCCGCUAGUUAACCCUGUACAAUUUACCGUUAAGACGGCAAAGUUUUAACAUAUUACGAUUUUAUGAAUCGAUAGGUUGAUUUAAAGAGACCUUGCGGUAGAAAAAUCCAAAAUGCCCGCACAUCAAAGUAGGUCCAGGACGAGGGAUCGCAACAACGUCCUGAAUAGACCCGAGUUCAUGUCCCUGAACCAGCCCCUCAGGACCAACACCGGCGCCGAGGUUCGGGGCGGUGCGCGGCGGCCGGGCUACCUGAAGCACCAGCACAGCCAGCACCAGCAGCCCGACUCGGAGCAGGAUGACCGCCGGGAGUCGGUGAAACUGCCGGAGGAGGACUGCAUGCAGCUGAACCCCUCCUUCAAAGGGAUAGCGAUGAACUCUCUUUUGGCCAUUGACAUCUCCAUGUCGAAGCGGCUGGGGGUGUGCGCCUACAGCUACUCCUCGUGGGGCAGCGUGCGCGCUAUGGUCAACCUGCUGGCGUUCACGGGUCACGGCAUUCCGUGGAUCUGCGGCACGCUGCUGUGCCUUGCGAGGAGCAACACGUUGGCAGGACAGGAGGUUUUGGUCAAUCUCAUGCUUGCUCUGCUCCUGGAUGUGAUGACCGUGGCAGGUGUGCAGAAGCUGGUGAAGCGCAAAGGACCAUGGGAAAUGAGUCCCAGCUUCCUGGACUACCUGGCCAUGGACAUGUACUCCUUCCCGGCGGCUCACGCCAGCCGUGCCGUCAUGGUAGCCAAGUUCCUGCUGUCGCACCUGGUGCUGGCCGUACCCCUGCGCAUCCUGCUGGUGCUCUGGGCCUUCCUGGUGGGCAUGUCCCGCAUCGUGCUGGGCCGGCACCACUUGACCGACGUGGGCUGCGGCUUCGCCCUCGGCUUCCUCCACUACAGCCUGGUGGAGAUGGUGUGGCUGUCCUCCUCCACCUGCCAGGCCCUCAUCUCCUUCGGAUCACUCAGCUGGAGUCCUCUCUUUUAGAGCUGUUCAUCCUGCCCCCACUGCCCUCACCGUCUGCCACACGCUGCCUCUUCCCCCUCUCCUCAUUUAGCUACCUGUUCCUGAUCCACUUCCUGUCCAUGCUCCCUCUCCUGCUCCUGCUCUACUUCCUGUCCAUAUUCUGUUUCCCUUUCCCUGUUUCACUUCCUGUCUCUGUUCCGCUUCCUGUCCCCGCACCACUUCCUGUUCCUGAUCCACUUCCUGUCUCUCCUAUACUUCAUGUCCCUGUUUGGUUUCCUGU